AUGGAUUCGAUGAAGCAAAUGUUACUGUUGAUCCUCCUUGGCUUCCUCAACUUGGAUACUGGUAAAGCACAGAGACAAAACUCUUCCCUCUUCCCAGUCUAUCUUCACCAAAACUGUUCAGGCGCCAACACCACCGCCAACAGUGCCUUCCAACUAAACGUAAGGACCCUCCUCACUUCCUUAUCUUCCAACGCCACCGCGCAAUUCCUCAACACAACCGUCGCCGGAAUAUCCCCCUCCGACAGUGUGUUCGGACUGUUCAUGUGCAGAGGCGACGUGCCCCCUCCUCUGUGUGGACAGUGCGUUGUGAACGCAACGCAGCGUCUCCUCUCACAGUGCUCCCUCGCCGAACAGGCCGUUAUAUGGUACGACGAGUGCAUGGUUCGUUACUCCAACCACUCUUUCUUCUCCACCGUCGACACCAGGCCCCGUGUUGGCCUCCUCAACACCGCCAACAUCUCCAACCAGCAAGCCUUCAUGCGCAUCCUCUUCCGAACCAUGAACACAACCGCUGACAUGGCUGCCAACUUUUCUAUUGGUGCCAAGAAAUAUGGCACCAAGCAAGCCAACAUUUCUGGGUUUCAGUCUCUCUUCUGUUUGGCUCAGUGCACCCCUGAUUUGUCGCCAAGAGAUUGUAGAAGGUGUUUGAGUGGUGUGAUUGGGGAUCUUCCUUGGUGCUGUCAAGGAAAGCAGGGUGGAAGGGUUCUUUAUCCAAGCUGUAAUGUUAGGUACGAGCUCUACCCUUUCUAUCGCGUCACUGCUUCCCCACCAUCGCCACUUCUUCUUCCUCCUACAGUUCCUGCUAAUUCGGGAGGGAAUGGUGGGAUCUCGGCAGGGACUGUUGUUGCAAUUGUGGUUCCAAUCACGGUUGCUGUUAUUAUAUUUAUCGUUGGCAUUUGUUUCUUAAGUAGAAGAGCGAGGAGGAAGAAGCGUGAUUCUGUAAAAGAAGGAAAGACUGCACACGACAUUAGCACUGUGGAGUCCUUGCAAUUCGAUUUCGGUACAAUUGAAGCAGCCACGGACAAAUUCUCUGCGGAUAACAAGUUGGGGGAAGGUGGAUUCGGUGAGGUUUAUAAGGGCACUCUUCCAAGUGGACAAGAAAUAGCUGUCAAGAGACUCUCCAAAAGCUCUGGGCAAGGUGGAGAAGAAUUUAAGAAUGAAGUAAUGGUGGUUGCCAAGCUUCAACACAGAAAUUUAGUGAGGCUUCUGGGAUUUUGCUUUCAAGGAGCAGAAAAGAUACUUGUUUAUGAAUAUGUGCCCAAAAAAAGUCUGGACUAUAUUCUCUUUGAUCCUGAAAAACAAAGGCAGUUGGAUUGGGCAACACGGUUCCAGAUUGUUGGAGGGAUUGCUCGAGGCAUUCAAUAUCUCCAUGAAGAUUCUAGACUUAGAAUUAUACAUCGUGAUCUUAAAGCUAGCAACAUAUUAUUGGAUGGAGAAAUGAAUCCUAAAGUCUCAGAUUUUGGCAUGGCAAGAAUAUUUGGAGUUGAUCAAACUCAAGGAAACACCAGCAGAAUUGUAGGGACUUACGGUUACAUGUCUCCAGAAUAUGCAAUGCAUGGAGAGUUCUCUGUUAAGUCAGAUGUGUACAGUUUUGGAGUCCUCCUUAUGGAAAUUAUAAGCGGCAAAAAGAAUAGCUCUUUCUACCAAACAGAAGGUGCUGAGGAUCUAUUGAACUAUGCUUGGAUGCUUUGGAAGGAUGGAGCACCCUUGGAGCUGAUGGACCCCAUAUUAAGAAAAUCAUAUACUCAGAAUGAAGUUAUCAGAAGCAUUCAUAUUGGUUUGCUCUGUGUCCAAGAAGAUCCAGCUGACAGACCUACAAUGGCGGCAAUAGUUCUUAUGCUAGACAGUAACACUGUUACUCUACCAACUCCUAAGCGGCCUGCAUUUUUCCUUAAUACUGAUUCAAACAUGCCAAAGGAGAUGCAAAUUGAUGAAUCUAUAACAAUGUCAGUACCAAAGUCAGUGAAUGAGAUGUCGGUCAGUGAAAUGGAUCCUCGAUAA